GCGCUCAUCCUUUGUGGUUUUCUGUUCGGCGCCAUUUUGAUGAAGAAUUGUGAGUAGUGACUGCAGCUAGUACUCAGAUAUUUCCCCCAGUUUCAACCAACUUCUACCUGAACCGACUGACGUUUUACAGAAACGUAGCAGUUGUCUGAAAAUGGCCACGGGAGCAAAUGCAACUCCUUUAGGGAAGUUGCAUCCCAGUAUCGGCGCUAAACGAGGAUUUGACGCCGGGCCUGGGUCGGGGAACGGGCUGAUGCCGACACCGGGGCCGCCUGCAUCCUUCCCCUCGCUACAAGCUUUCCAGCCCACGAUGCCAGCCGCGUCUUUCCCACAGCCACACCCGUUCAACCCGGCGGCUGGGUUUUCGACCCAGGCUCCACAACCACCUCCAGGGGCCGGACUGGGUAACCAAGAUUUCGGUAAGAAAUCAAGGAAGAAGAGUCGGUGGAGCAGCGAGACGCCUGAUCAGAAGACGGUCAUACCAGGCAUGCCCACUGUUAUUCCACCUGGAUUGACCCGGGAUCAAGAGAGAGCAUAUAUAGUCCAACUGCAGAUUGAAGACCUGACUCGUAAACUGCGUACAGGAGACCUGGGAAUCCCUGUUAACCCUGAGGACAGGUCUCCCUCUCCGGAGCCCAUAUAUAACAGCGAGGGCAAGAGGUUAAACACCCGUGAGUAUCGCACAAGGAAGAAGAUCGAGGAGGAACGCCACUCCCUCAUCACUGAGAUGGUUGGACUCAACCCUGACUUCAAGCCUCCUGCAGACUAUAAACCUCCUGCCACCAGAGUCAAUGACAAAGUUAUGAUUCCCCAGGAUGAAUACCCUGAAAUCAACUUUGUUGGUCUGCUAAUUGGGCCACGUGGUAACACACUGAAGAACAUUGAGAAGGAGUGCUGUGCGAAGAUCAUGAUCCGUGGUAAAGGUUCUGUAAAGGAGGGGAAGGUUGGCCGAAAGGAUGGACAGAUGCUCCCAGGGGAAGAUGAGCCUCUGCACGCCCUGGUCACUGCAAACACAAUGGAGAAUGUCAAGAAAGCUGUGGAGCAGAUUCGCAACAUCCUGAAGCAAGGCAUCGAGACACCUGAGGAUCAGAAUGACUUACGGAAGAUGCAGCUGAGGGAGCUUGCCAGACUCAAUGGCACACUGAGGGAAGACGACAACAGGAUCCUUCGCCCCUGGCAAAACGCCGAGCCACGCAGCAUCACCAACACCACCCUGUGUACCAAGUGUGGUGGAGCAGGCCACAUCUCCUCUGACUGCAAGUACACCAGCACAUUUGCUGCCCACAGAGCAACAGGUGGUGAGCCUCCUCAGUCGGCCCAGGACAAGGCUCGUAUGGACAAGGAGUACCUGUCCCUAAUGGCUGAGCUGGGGGAGGCUCCAGUCCCCACAUCUGGAGGGGGACACUCCAGCAACCAGGGGGGGGCACCUCGAACCUCAAACCCCAACAACAACCAGCCACCUCCGCAGAACCGGCCUCCUUGGAUGAGCUCUGGCCCGACUGAGAACAGGAACUACCAUAGCAUGCACGGUGGGCCUGGAGGACACCACAACUUCCCUCCCCCCAUGCCCAACAUGGGAGGCCCCCAUCUACCCCCCAACCCCAACGGUCUGCCUCCCCCCUGGAUGCAGCCUCCUCCUCCCCCCAUGGGCCAGGGUCCAGGACCUCAUGGACACCCUAUGGGUCUGCUGCCUCCUCCAAUGGGCAUGAUGCCCCCUCCACCUCCUCCCCCGAGCACCCAGCCACCUCCCCCGCCUUCUGGUCCGCUGCCACCAUGGCAACAGCAAGCUCCACCUCCUCCUCCAACCAGCAGCAUGGCAACCAGUACACCGCUGCCCUGGCAACAAAAUACCACCACUACGUCCAGCCCUGGCACUGGCACCCUGCCUCCAUGGCAGCAGCCCCAGCAGCCUGCAGCCUCAGGAGCCCAGCCCCCACCACCUAUGGGCACCCCAUCCAUGGUUCCGCCUCCCCCUGGCGUCCAGCCCCCGUUGCCCCCUGGCGCCCCUCCUCCUCCCCCUCCACCACCUCCAGGCUCAACCGGCAUGAUGUAUGCACCACCACCACCCCCACCACCCAUGGACCCUUCCAACUUUGUCACCAUGAUGGGGAUGGGGGUACCAGGCAUGCCCCCCUUCGGCAUGCCUCCUGCCCCCCCACCUCCCCCACCCCAGAAUUAAGCCUGCCACAGAAGAACCAUCCUCCCGGAAGAGUUUCAACGCUGCAGCACAUUGUUCAAUUGUAUCCAAUGGACUGAUGUUAUAUAGAGCAUUUCUGUGUGUGUGCUCACAGAAAAAAAUAUAACCAGUGCUUUAUUUUUUAUUGAUCCUUGAUAUUGUGAAGACAUCUCUGAAUUAUUGAAAGGCUGUUAGCUCAAUUUGUAAACUUGUGUAACUUAGUUAUUUUUCCUGUUUUUAAAUUCACAUAAAUACAAAGAUCCUUGUGUGCAUACAAAAGACGCUCCUGGCCACGUGUUCUGCUACGCUACAAUACUUUGUCAUGCUACUUGGUUACCAAAUUAACUGCUUCAUAACCAGCUACAAAUCUGAAAACACGACAUUCAUUGCAUUUCAGAUAUUGAACUUCAGUUUGCAUGUUUAAUUUUAAACACCACAUUUGUAUUCCUGUCAUCCUCAUGUUGGCUUUGAGUUGAAUAAGAUUAAUAUUUUUGUAAUAAUGUGAUGUGAAGUGCAUCUUAGUUCUGUCAGAAAAACCUUUCUGUAGUACUGUCUCAGAUUAAUUUCCAGAAAUUCCCAGGUUUUUUUUUUUAAAUUUGUUCUUUUUCUCCUUUGUUAACUGUCUGCAUCUCAGUUGUGACACUGAGUUUGAAAAGGGGCUUUGGUGCUGCAGUCUGCUGGCGUCUGACCCUCUGCACUACUUGAAUGUUGGGAAUCUGAUAUAUAUCCUUGUUUCUCUGCAUCUCUCUGCUCUGAUAAGAUGCUGUGUGCAGUGUUUGUGUUGCUUCUGCGAGGAUGAAAGUAUCAGUUUUGUCAAUCGAGUUAUUGGAGAGGAAAAGUUUUAGUUUUACUCUCUUUCUGGAAUUAGUCUGUGUUAUGGCCCUAGCCUGAAUGAAUAUCUGUGGAAAUCUUGCUUGGUUUAGAAUUAAACUGAUCCAUUUCACCUUUU